AUGACUACGAAUGGGAUUGUACUAGAAGUAUUCAAAGAAGAAAACUAUGAGUUUUGGAAAACAUGUUUGAAAAGUUAUCUAGUUGGUCAAGGCUUAUGGGAUGUGAUCUCUAGAGAUGCAAAAUCUGAGGAGGAAGACGAACCACAAGAAUGGCAAAGGAAGAACGCUCAGGCUUUGCAUGCUAUUCAACUCGCCUGUGGAUCACAAGCUUACUCCAAGUACAAGAAGAAUACGCAUGUCUCUGCUAAAUUUGCUUGGGAACAUUUGGCUGAAAUGGGUUCUAGCCCAUCACAACAUCCUGAGGUUAUACUUAAACAAGAUCAAGAUGUAUCUAGUGAAGUAGUUUGUCAUUUUUGGGCAAAAGACCACCAUCUAUAUGAAGACCUAUACAACGCUAUUGAGGAUGAUGACAUCAAAGAAGUGAAUAAGAUCCUUAAGGAGGACCCCAAAGCUACAACAACACGUGUAUCUUCACAUGGAGAUACAGCUCUCCAUAUUGCAAUCCUCUCUGGAAAAAUAGAUAUUGCACUAGACUUAGUGAAGAAGAUGCCCAAAGAAGGAUUAGAACUUAGCAAUGACUUUGGUGCCACUCCUCUAUCUCUUGCUGCGAUAACCGAAAAAAUAAAAUUGGCUAAAGCAAUGGUGGAAAAGAAUGACAAGUUGGUUACUAUAAAAAAAGGAAUUACUGACCAGAACUCCCUUCCUGUCAUUGUGGCAUCAAUGUAUGGUAGAAAGCAUAUGGUUCACUAUCUCUACUCCAAGACUCCAAAAAGCCUGCUAGACGGAUCAGAUGGUGUGUUGCUUUUGAAUAAUUUGAUCACCGCAGAAUUCUAUGGUUAG